GUUUUUUAUUUGUAUGUGCAAUAAGAUCCAAAGUAUAUUUUUAUGGAAAUUCAAAAUCAUUAUCAAACAUUAUGUUCGUCUCUUAUCUAUUGACAUUGGUCACAUUAUCAUCCUCUCAGCCUGAUAAACCAAAAGUCAUGUCAAUCUCUCAAUUCGUUCGAAUUGCUGAAAGUGUGUAAACGUAACCAAAAUAAAUAGAUAUAUAAUAAAAAUAACUUAACAUAAGAAAGACAAUUGUGAACUAUGAGUGUGUUUUGUCAAAUACAACUUAAUAAGCCACCAGAAGACACAUUCUGUGGUGGAGAAGUGAUUUCUGGAAUAAUCAAAUACUCACUCGAUGAACCAAUGGAAAUAGAAAGGAUAAUUGUCUCCCUAAAAGGUAUGGGCGAUUUAAUUCUAAUAAAAAGACACAAUAAAAAGGUUAACUCGUAUACAGCUGAAGAAGUGUAUGUUGAUGCUAAUGAAAUCGUUCAAGAAAAAACUUCAACGAAAUCUGCUGGAAACUAUGACAUCCCAUUCAGGUUUAAAUUACCAGAGAAAAUACCACCGUCAUUAAAGUAUGAGAAGAUACAUGGACCAUACUGCGUAAUUUGCAACAUAAAAUAUUACAUUAGAAUAAAAUUUGAUAAACCAGGAUGUUUAGAUCAGUCCAAACAUUUUCGUAAGAAAAUUACAGUAAUUUCAACUAUAACUCCCAAAUUGUCAAUGGAACCGGUGAUGUAUGGAGAAAAGAGAAAGUUACCGCCAUUGUUCCCAAAUAAAAUUAAUACAGUUGCAAUAAAAGCAAAUAUCCUUAACUCAGUAAUCCAUAAAGGCGGUAAAAUAGAUAUUGAGUCAGAAAUUGAAAAUGAUUCUUAUGUUAAAGUAAAAGGAGUUGAAGUUAAAUUGAUGGAGGUCUACACACUUAAGCCUGUAGGACAUGGAGAUAUAAAGUUUUACGAUAAUGUGAUGAAUUGUGAGAGCAGAACUUCGUCUAUUAAAAGUGGAGCGACUAAAAUCAUACCUCUAGAUCUGAUUGUUCCAACAGAUACAUUAUCUUUGCAGAACUCUAAGAUAGUAUCGAGAGAUUACGUGGUUACCAUAACAGCUCAGCUUCCGAUUCCUCUUAAAAAUGUCGUCUUAGAAAUACCAGUGCAGAUAGGAGAUCAUAUGCCAGUGGAACGUCCGGAGGUGGCCGAAAAUCCACCAGCGUAUUUAGAGGCGAUGGGCGAAAAAGAAAGCGGAGUUGAAGAUGGUAAUGACUAAACAAGCACUCUCAUUCUCUGUAUCUGAUCUAGUGAUGAUGAAAGGGACAAAACCUAAGUAUUCAAAUCCAAAGUAAUCGAAGGUUCAUCUAUAGCCUAUAAAUGCCCACUGCUGAAAACGCCUCUUCUCACACGGACACAGUUUGUUACUCGCGAUGUUUUCCUUCACUGUUUGUCAGUGGUGUCUAAAUAAUCUUAGAAAGUACAUAAUAGAGGUACAACAUGGAAAAAGUCGCAUCGGUAUGUACUUGCCAUUGGUAGGUUUCGAGCGCGCACCCUAACACAUGAGAAAUGGCCUUUAACUCGUCGAGCACCGUCAAUAUAGACACAAUAAAGAACAAUAGGUUGCGGUCACCGGUGACCGCUUGGUGUUUGACAGUUUAAACCUCCGGGCCAACACGACAUAAUUAGAAGUAAAUAGUUAUAGACGUGUAUCUCAUUCUAAUAACGGUAGACAUGUAAUAAUAAUUAACAAGAUAACAAUUAACAAUUACUAUGUUCUUGAUAUUUAUUUAACUAGAAAACCUUUGUAAGCUAAUUAAAUUUUAUUAUAGGUAUUGUUGAUUUUGGAAUCUAAAAUAGGAUUUUAUGUUUACUCCUUUGCGACCUUUGUCAUUCUUCUAUUUUGUUUUCAUGCCAAAUAAGAUCAACAAUUCAUUGUAUUUGGGACAUAGUUAAGUAUAUAUUUUUAAUCAGAUUAAAUGUUAUUG